AUGCUCACUGCCACACCUGGCCCUCUCACUCUUGCAACGAACGAGGCGUGGAUGCCGUCGGUGUUCCGUCCACCAGAACGGCCAGUGAAGUCUCUGCCGCCACCCAAAGCUGCACUGACUGCCAUGGCACGGCCGUGGUACCCCGGCGGGGGCAUCAUCAACAACAACAACAGCACCAACCUUAAUAAUAACAACCAUACAGUGCGUGAAGCACCUGUGAAGAAUCACCGCCUGGUGCCACCACCAGCACUUGGACAGUCGCCAAUUCUGAAGCCAGCGCUAGAUGAGGUACAACUACCACCUGUGAGCAGUUGUAGCAGUAUAUCGCCAUUGAGUACGCCUGUCAGUACCUGCUUCCACACUUUUACACAGGUAGCAAGUGAGGAACGGGUGUACCCUUUGGAAAUGUUUUUGUCUGUUCGUCGUGAUGCGGCGCACACCCCUUAUGGAGUAUUACGCUGGGCACUAAAACAAUAUCUGCAUAUCCCAUCAUUAAAGGUUCCGCCCCAUUUACAGCUAUCACUCCAUGAAGCCGCUGAAACAGAAGACGGUAUCACGCGUGGUGCACUUGGUAGUUCCCUAAGAGUGAAGUCACGUGUGAAACCUGUACGUCUUACUCGACAUAAAAUGAUGUCUAUUCUCAGCCGUAUUACUCCUGUAAAGUACGAUGCACUUCACGAAGAAAUGCUCUUGUUGCCACUGCGCCAGGUGGAUGAUAUGGAAUUGAUGGAGAUUUGUAAAGUGGUAUUUGAAAAGGCAGUGCAGGAACCAUCCUACAGCGGACUCUACGCACGCCUUGUACACGAUAUCUGUGCUAUGCCACCUAUGAGUCCCGGUAACAACAAUACCAUCACUACCAGCAGCAGCAGCAGCAGUCUUAAUGAAAACGAAACACGCGAUCGGGCCUUCUCGCAGCGUUUCCGCCGUAUGUUGAUUGCCUCAUGUGAGGCGCAAUUCCGGCAACCGCUGCAACUCGCCGCAGAUGAGUUGGUGGACCGUACCACAGGCGUUCCACUGAGAGCAGAGGAAGUGGAACUGAAACGUGAUCGUCUAAAACAUCGACUUGUGGGCAACAUCCGUUUUGUGGCCGAAUUGUUUAAGAUGGGUCUUGUCACAGAUCGGGUUAUUGCAGACAUUGUGCGCAUUCUCGUCAGUGAUUAUAACCCUGAUAAGCCUACGGCAAAAGAGGAGUACGUGUUUGAGGUAUUCGUUACACUUAUACGGCACACUGGGGCAUUGUUGAAAGAGAUGUUACCAAGACUUCUCACUCAGGCUCUGGGUAUUGCGAAAACUAUUGAGCGUUCGCACCCUAAACCACGUGUGGGAUUUCUUAUGAUGGACUUGGAUGAUCUCAACAAGAAAAAUGGCUGGAUAGCCCCUGAACUUGUGCAGCAGUACGUGCGGGAACCAAAGGUGAGCACAGCUGCACCUGCUGUUGCUGCUGUUGCUGCCGCUGCCGCUACCGCUACCGCAGGUUCCUCCACACAGAAGACUCGUAUUACCGCCUCACCACUUUCACCCUCGUCCCUUAUGUCACCCGAUGUGGAAAAGCCAGUAAAUUCUAAUACACAGACUCGCGAAACAACGUCGUUCCAGGGCUCCUCCAACGGAAACUCUGAGGCUAUUGGCGGCAAAAAUCAAACACGUAACAAUAGCAUUAAUAGCAAUGGAAAUGACAUGAGUAAGACGAAUGGAGGCCUUAACGUCGUCAAUACCAUUAGUGGGGGUAAUACCACGUAUAAUAAUAAUAAUAAUAAUAAUAAUAAUAAUAAUAAUAAUAUUAAUAUUAAUAAUAAUGGUAAGAAUUAUAUCAAUUCCAGCGACUCAACAGGAUCUCCUUUGACCUUGGCAGAGCGACGAUGGCCUGGAAAGCAAUUUUCAUGCAAGAAUCUUUGCAUCUCACGCCCCAAUACUGGCAGUGAAAACCAGUUGAAUAUCAGCAUCAAUUCUUUACAGCUAAACAGUCCAAUGACUCCUACUCGUACUGUAUCUGAUUGUAUUAUUCCACCUUCUCCAUCAGUGGUACGAAAUGGCAGCGAAAUGGGGAACUCACGUACAACCAGUGAGGGACUUGGAUCACCGUGGAUUAAUGGUGGGAAAACACCUGUGAUAGAUACUACUGUUAAUAUUAAAGAAAUUACCAAAAAACUAAUGGGACUCUUUCGUAGCGGUGAGGAAGAGGCGGCCGCCACAAUGUUGCGAGAAAUGGGACCGAAGAACAUGGUGGUGUGUCUCACAUGGUGGUUGCGUCUUGCGGCCACAAACACAUCAUUUUUUGAGGAUCGCAGUAAAGUGGCAUUACUGCUUUCUUCUUUGCUGCGCACAUGCAGUGGUGCUUAUGAUGCCCGUACCGUUUUCUCUACAGUAUUGGAAUGGAUUCGCUUUGAUUUGGAGAAGGGCGAGUACGACGAUUGUCCACGAAUGUUUGAUAACGUUGCACAGAUGAUUUUGCAAUGUCAUUUGCCCUGCAGUGACUCUCUACCACAUGCGGAGGUUGUGCGUAAUAUGAUGCACUGUGGUAUCUUUAAUGUACUACUGCAUGAGCUUGCUGUGAGUGGAGGAACAGACCAAAUGGUAACAGUUGUGAAGAGCUGUUAUCCGGUCAGUGUGCAGGUACUCAAUCAUCUGCAGGACCCAGAGGAUGAGCGACAGAUAUUGCGCAUUGCUGUACAAAAUCGGUUUAGGAUAUUGCCUUAUCUCUUCAGUGUGAGUUCUGUGACCAAUAAUACCACACCAGGUACACCUUCUUCACGACCACAGAUGUUGUCUUCACCAUCCCUUCGUAGUAGUCCACUUGGUGACUCUUUCACCAGCACAGGACACUACGAUCCACUCUUGCAGUGUCUCGCACUUCAACGCAUCUCUGAUGAUCCGGAGUUUGUGCUGUUUCGAAAGAUGCGAGACGCCGCAGCACAAAGUGGUAAUACUACUUCUACUACUAAUACUAAUACUACUAAUACGAAUUCUACAGGUACCACAUGCGGUAGCAGUAGUAGUACGAUUAGUAGUAGUAGUAGUGGUAGCAAUAACAACGCCUUACGCUGGCGUGAUGAGGCGGUUCAGCUUGCACUCUUGCCACUGGGAAACAACUCUACGGUGUGUGAGUUGAUUGCGGUCAUGCGUGUGGUCGGCGCCGUUCUCGCCUGCUCUGGUGUCUGCGGUAAAAAUGGCCGCAUGUUGGCUACUGCUGCGGAUGUGGAUUACAUCAUUGGCGCCGUUCUCCACCGACGGCCGGGUCUUCUUCACCAGGGCGCUGUCGUGAUGGAGCUUGUUAUGCACUACACACAGUUCACUACUCACAACAACAGCAAUAAUAAUAACAACAAUAACAUUCAAACAGACGACACUUGGCGACUGCGGGCGAUGCGACAGGUCUUUGAUCGCUGGUGUGCGGCGGAUGUGUUGAACCGCGCGGCGGUGCUGCGAUUACUCACCACACUGGAAAACGAGGCUGCAGACAACUUCACGGUAUACACAGCCUAUCACGAUCACGUCGCUGCUGUGGCGUGGGAACACACACUGCGGGAGCUUUGUAAGGCUUAA